CUCCCUGCACCCAAAGCAGCAAACCCCAGGCAGCGAUGGAGAAGGCGGUGGCAGCCAACACCGAGUUCGCCAUCGACGUCUUCAAGACGCUGGGUGCACGGGAGGCUGGCGGCAAUGUCUUCUUCUCCCCGCUCAGCAUCUCGGCGGCGCUGUCCAUGGUGCUGCUCGGCGCUAGGGGACAAACGUCUGAGCAAAUGUCCAAGGCGCUUUGCUUUGAAGGAGUGAGCGAUGUUCACGAAGCUUUCAAGAGUCUGCUCGACACUUUGAAAUCUCCCGGGGCGGGCUGCGUCCUGCGUGUUGCCAACCGUCUCUACGGCGAGAAGUCCUUCCGCUUCCUCAAGGGAUAUCUGAAAGCGACUCAGAAGUUUUAUGACGCCAAGUUGGCUGCCGUAGACUUCACGAAAUCAUUUGAGGGUGUGCGGAAGAAAAUCAACGCCUGGGUGGAAAAAAAAACUGAAGGGAAAAUCAAGGAUCUUCUGGAAAAGGGAAAAUUGGAUGCCACGACUCGACUCGUGAUUGUGAACGCAGUUUACUUCAAAGGGAGAUGGACCAAUAAAUUCUACUCUCAAGAUACCACUCAGUGCAACUUUCAUCUCAACCAGCGAGAGACAAAGCCAGUGCAGAUGAUGUCCCAAAAUAACACGUUUCACUAUGGCUUUGUCAAGAACAUGAACUUAAAUGUUCUGGAGCUUCCGUAUGUGGGAAAUGCACUGAGCAUGAUUAUUCUGCUACCAGCUGCCAUCGAGGAUGAAACUAACGGUUUAGAAAAGCUGGAGAGGGAGCUGAACAUUCAGAACCUUCAAGCGUGGACAUCGCCCACGACGAUGCACUCUGGGGAUGUUUUGCUGCACCUCCCACGCUUCCGCCUGGAGCAAAGCUACACCCUCAUUGAGCCACUCUCGAGCCUCGGCAUGGGAGACCUCUUCUCGCCGCUCACUGCCGACUUGUCGGGCAUGGACGGAAACCGUGACCUGUUCGUUUCGCACGUGGCCCACCGCGCCUUUGUCGAAGUGAAUGAAAAAGGGACGGAGGCGGCUGCCGCCACCGUAUUAGUCGAAAUGUUGUAUGGCAUGCCCACGCCCACGGAGCCACCCUUUACAUUUUGCGCCGAUCACCCAUUCAUCUUCCUCAUUCGUGACAACCGCAAUGGAAGCGUUCUCUUUUUGGGUCGCUACACGUCCCCCUGAAGGUCCAUCGAGGCUCCGAUUUUCGUUGAGAAAUGUGUACCGUCUGAUUUGAUUGUGCUACUUUAAGGGAAAAAUACACUCAUAUACCAGUGGGAAGACACUCCGUCAGAGUGGGGGGGAAAUAUACUGGGGAUAAUAUACACUCGACUUGAAAUGUGUUGUUGUGGCACUCUUGAUUAUUGUUGUUCUUGAGUAUUGUUGGCAAAACAAUUACAUUUUUGGCUGCUGGGUAUUGUUGGGAGGGCUGCGUGAUUAAAGUCUCUCGAAAAAUUGCAGUGCGUGUGAGAUUGCUCUGGACACACCCGCAGUUAUAUCAACCAGCCACUUUACAAUUAUUAAUUCCGGUGGUGACACGUGGUACAUUUAAAUAGCAGUUUCAUGAAACAAAACAAGUUCAUUUUUUUUGGAAGAAUAAGUGUUGAUAGUCUUGAUUUUAUUGACAAGAUUUUGGCAAUGAUUUCAAGAGAACAACAGCCAU